CGGUCGAGGUUGCGCCUGAAGAGAGCAGUGCUCCUAUUGGUUGGAGAUCACGCCGCAGCGCCGUGCGUACGCACAGCGGGUGUGCCUUCAGCGGCCGUUGAAAAAUGGCGACUGUUACUGAGCUGAAAGCUGUUUUAAAGAACACCUUGGAAAAAAGGGGAGUGUUAGGACAUUUAAAAGCAAGGAUCCGUGCUGAAGUUUUCAAUGCCCUGGAUGAUGAUCAUGAACCCCGACCAUCAUUGUCUCAUGAAAACCUUCUAAUUAAUGAAUUAAUUAGGGAGUAUUUGGAAUUCAACAAAUAUAAGUACACAGCCUCUGUCCUUAUAGCAGAAUCUGGUCAACCCGUAGUUCCAUUGGACAGACAGUUUCUCAUCCGUGAACUAAAUGCCUUUGAAGAAUCAAAAGAUAAUUCAAUUCCUCUGUUAUAUGGAAUUUUAGCCCAUUUCUUGCGUGGUCCUCCAGAUGACAUCCAGAAUGUGUUUCUGACAGAGUCAACACUCCAGCCUCCAAACAGGCAUCCCAGCUGGAAGCCCAACAGAAGACCAAAGGAUGACCACCUGAGGAAGGACACGGGGCCAAGCACCACGACCGAAGAGCUUCAUGCUGCUGUGCAAGCAGUCAGUAGAUGAUAUAUAUACCAGGCUGUCUGAUCUCAGCUGUGUAUGUGGAGUAACUAACUUAUUAUUCCCGAUACCAUCGAUUAGACCACCACAGUUUGUAAAUGUUUGAUAUUCUCCAUUUAACCUCUCAAGUUUUACUGCAUCUAUGAAAAGCUAAUCCAUCAUCUAGCUUGCUAGAAGCUCCUGGAGAAAAAAAAUGUACUGUUUUCAGGAUUUUGGGGUUUUUUUGUUUUGGUUUAGUUUGGUUUUUUUGUUUGUUUUUCGAGACAAGGUUUCUCUGUGUAGCUUUGGCUGUCCUGGAACUCAGUCUGAUCAGGCUGUUGUGGCACUCACAGAGAUCCACUUGCCUCUACCUCCCAGGUGCUGAGAUUAAAGGUGUGCACCACCACCGCCAGGCCAGGAUGUACUUGUAAAGUUCUUAAGUUUGUGAAAACUGAAAAGUACUUCUUCAUUUUCUUUAGAAGCCAUCUCUAAGGGCUGUGAAUGUGCCUCCAGUAAAGCACUUGCCUUGCAUGUGUAGGUCCCAGGUUCAGUCGUAGCACUGAAAAUAAAAUUCAAGUACCGAU